AUGGGUAAGCUUUUACUAUCAGGAGCGCUGGCCGAGAAGGGGUUGAUGUGUGAUCUGAUGUCUACCCCGCCGGCGCUUCGCAUGGGCAACCAGGUCUUUCCGAUCUCGACCGCAGUGCCUCGCAUGUACGUGCUGAAUGUCAUCAUCGACGACGUCAACCUGGGCGCUGUAGAAGUAAAUCGCACGAAGGUAGACGCUCACCUGUGGCACCGGAGGAUGGGCCACUGCAACUCGCGAGCGCUGCAGCAGCUGGCGGACAAGGACACUACCGGAAUCAGGUUCAAUCCCAACAUCGAACCAGGUGACUGCGGUGUUUGUGCGGUUGGUGACAGUAAGAAGGGCAGCCACCCCCCGUCUAACCGUCCCCUCUCGGAGACUCGGCUGGAAAUUCUAAAUGCCGAUACGUGGGGGAAACAUCCUAUUGCUACAUACGGGGGUUGCCAGAGUGCCGUGAUGUUUACUGAUGACGCUACUCGCAUGAGGUUCGGCUACCUACUCAAGACGAAAGACGAAACGGCCGAAGCUCUUCAAACUCUGGUUCGGGACGAGGCCGACCCGCUUGGUCAGAGCAUCGGCACGGUGCACUGCGACGGGGGAGCGGAGUAUUUGGGCAAGUUUCUGGCGCUAUGUAAGUCGCUCGGAAUCAAGCUCACGAAUAGCCCCCCCUAUGUCCCGCAAGGGAACCCCAUCGCCGAGCGUGGAUUUGGUACCAUCAUCGGCACUGCCCGCAAGCUUCUCUUGGGAGCACCGCACCUUCCUCAACAGCUGUGGGGGGAGGCUUUCAUGACUGCAAUCUACCUCAAGAAUCGGACCCCGACCGAAGUCCUGGGCGGCAAGGCACCACUCGAGGUAUGGGAGGGGAAGCCGCUCGGAAAGAUGCUUCACAUCCACGAGUGGGGGUCGCUGGCUUUUAAGCACGAAGAGGUACGCGCCCGGUCGAACAAGUUGGCGGCCAGGGCCAAGAAAAUGUACCUAGUAGGCUACAACUCCAAGGGUAGGUCGUAUCGACUUUGGGACCCUUCGGAGCCUCUCAAAAUCACCAACUCCGUGGAGGUAUCGUUCCGUGAGAAGGAGAUGCGCGACGUGAUCAAGCCCAAACUAGGGCAAGAUCCUCUCCCCGCGCCUAACUCAACAUUCUAUCGGCCUGGUCUGGUAGACUCUAUCGAAGAAGAAGAAGAAAAUAACGAAGAAUCAUCCGACGAAUCGGAGCCGGAAGCACCGGCACCUCGCCGCAGCAGCAGGAACUCCGUGGCGCCGCAACGGUUGAAUCUGUUUACGAAAGAACAGGCGUACGAGAGGACCGAACAUGCUAUGGUGACUGGACGUGACUUCGGCAACCUCGGGAGAGGCAGUCCCGGGGAGGUGGGCUACAUGCCUGCCGAUCCUGCCACCUACGAUGAAGCGAUGAGUGGACCGGAUGCAGCACGCUGGAGAGCGAGCAUGAACGAUGAAGAGCAGUCGCUCUACGACCACGACGUACGACAAGUGUAA